ACGCAGAGGUUUACUUCGGUGCGUGAAACGACAGUGAAAGUAAACUGAGCUCAGGGGAAAAUAUCUAAACACUGUUUGUAUAUUUAAAGAGAGAUUCGAAGUUAAUUGGAUAAUUAAGAACAAUGGAUAUCACAGCAGAGGCCAAGCAGAUUAUGGUCCAGGCGUUGAGUAAAAUGUACAGCUCGCGCACCCAGCGUGGUGGUCUCCGGCUCCACCGGAGCCUGUUGCUGACGCUCGUCAUGAAAUCUGCAAGGGACAUCUACCACUCUGCCCGACUGACCAGCGAGGAAAAGGGGCAAUCUGACACAUACGGUGUGACGGAGAACACAUCACAAGCAGAAGAGCCCAUGGACACAACGAGCUCCACGACAGCACCUCUGCGCUCGGCAGCGACACAGGCUACCGAGGAUGGGCAAAGGUCCGGACUCGAGGGUCAUUCACUUCUACGCGACCCCGCAAGACUCACAGUGGACAAAGAAAACUGCAAUCCAACCAAACCGGACCGUCACUCUAGAAAGCGACGGAGCAAAACAGCCACAGAUCCCGACUUCCUACCAUGCAAAAAAGCCAAGCUGGAGUUCUUGGAGG